AUGAGCGCUCUAGAUACCCAUCAAGUUAACACUAAACGCCGUCUCAAAAUAGACAUCCACACCCAUAUUCUGCCGAAACAUUGGCCUGAUUUGAAGAGAAAAUACGGGUACGGCGGAUGGAUACAACUAGAUCACUAUGAACAAGGAAAAGCACGAAUGCUUCUUGACGGAAAAAACUUUAGAGAGAUAGGUUGCAACUGUUGGUCAGCAGACGAAAGAGUACGAGAGUGCGACAUUGCUGGAGUCGAUGUACAGGUUCUCUCAACGGUUCCUGUAAUGUUUUCCUACUCAGCCAAGCCUCAGCAUACUCUCGAUCUUGCUCGAUAUCUCAACGAUCACAUUGCACAAGUAUGUGCCGAGGACCCUAAACGGUUCGUCGGAUUAGGCACAUUACCCAUGCAAGCCCCUGAAUUGGCAGUAGAGGAAUUGAGAAGAUGUAUUAUUGAUUUAGGAUUGGUGGGAAUACAGAUAGGAAGCCACAUUAAUGAUUGGAAUUUAGAUGCUCCAGAACUGGAACCUAUCUGGGAGGCAUGCGAAGAACUCAAUGCUGCGGUCUUUGUGCAUCCAUGGGCUAGUCGGCAUGGUAACCCGUCACCCUCUCCAUGUGAAACAACGAUAGCCAUCUGCUCCCUGAUAUUCGGUGGUGUACUCGAACGCCAUCCUCGAUUAAAAGUCGCUUUUGCUCACGGUGGAGGAUCCUUUCCGGCUACGCUUGGGCGUAUCAUUCACGGAUUCAAUGUCAGGCCUGACUUGUGCGCAGUGAGGAUAAAAAAAAAUCCCUUGUAUGAUGAAGAAUAUAUCAACCGAAUCUACGUUGACUCUUUAGUGCAUGACGAAGACACCCUCCAAUUUCUAGUAAAGAAGAUGGGCAUUGAUCGUAUUAUGCUCGGAAGUGAUUAUCCGUUCCCUCUUGGUGAGCAUUGUCCAGGUAAACUAAUCGAUCAAUGUGAUUGGCUGAGUGAAGAAGACAAGGAAAAGUUGCUGGGGAUAAACACAUUGAAAUUCUUAAAUAUUGAACAUAAGAAAGAUUUGUUUUUGAGGAAAUAA